UCCCUGGAUCAGACUCUUAACACCUGAUUUACCACUAGACACAGCUAAGGAGACUCGCUGCAUCGAAGGGGUUUGGUCUCCAGCCUCCUCCUCUAAACAUCAGGAUCUUCAUGUGUCAGAUAAGUCUGACAGUCCAGAAGAGAUGGAGCGCGUGAGCAGGAGCAAAGGCGAACAUGGGAGACAGACGCAUCAGGUCUUACAGAGCACUCCUUUAGACCUGUUUGAGACAGGCAAGUCCCUGAAAGUUCAGGCAGAGCGCCCCCACCUGGUUAGUUUGGGGAGUGGACGCUUGAGCACAGCCAUCACCUUGCUGCCUCUGCUGGAAGGGAGAACCACGCUGGGCAGUGGAAGGACCGAUAUCCCUCUGCAGGGCCACGGCAUCUCAGCUCAGCACUGCUACAUUGACAACCAAGCAGACAGCAUCACCUUGUACCCAUGUGGAAACCAGUGCUCUGUAGAUGGUCUUCCCAUCACCAAACCCUUUCGCCUGACACAAGGGUGCAUGCUGUGCUUUGGUCAGUCUGUCUUUUUCCGCUUCAACCAUCCAGAGGAGGCCCUGCGGAUGAAGAGCCUGCUGCCCGGAGGAAGCCAAGGACUGAGCACGACAAGAACUCAUCCUACAGACUCUCAAAGUGUCCUGAACGGGAACCAUCGGUCUUUUUCGAGCAACGGUGACUCCACAAUUAGCAACAUAUCAAAGAACCUCCAACACUCUUUGGUGCUGCAGGCUGGAUCUAUUAAACACCCUAUUCCUCAGCCCUCUCAUCCAAGCAUGCUCAAUGGGAGAAACGGCUCCAUGACCGAGGACUCCAUUUAUGAAAACAGCAGCAGCUUUCUGGGCCAGAACCUCGGGAACAAAACCAACCACACUCCUGUCCCCCAUCCACGGACCUCACUCUCUGUGGCCUCAAGCGCUAGGAGUGGUGCUCAGUGGGCCCAGGAGAGCCCAACGCUUCUUAGAAGUGCAAGAGAAGAGGCCACGUCAAGCCCCACACCGCCUAACAGGGGGUCAGGACAGGGCCCAGGACAGGGUCAAGUCCAAUUUUCAACAACAGCUCCAUCCAGCCCUCAAGUAAGAGGUUCUUCCCUACAGAAGAGAUCCCCAAGUCCUAUGCGGGAUCAGCACCUUUCUCAUGUUGAAGUCCCUCAAAGGCUUAGGACUCCAGAGCCGAUCGGGUCCACCAGCCUGAGAGAGCUUCCUCCUCUCAGCCCUUACAUGUCCCGCAGAGCGACUCCAGGAUCGCAGGGCUCGGCUUCCUCCCUCGCCUCACAGGGCUUCACUGUCAAAGGCGUCCCAGAGGGACCCCAGGGCCACCUCAAACUCACAACUACUUCAAAAGAAGAAGUAUUGAGGACAAUGUAUGCCCAGGGUCCACCACCACGCUCUGGGCUGGAGAAGGAGUCUGGAGGCAGGCAGUUAAGGUCUGGCCCGGGAAGUGCCAUCAUAUCAGGCCUGGGUUCUCUGUCUAGUUCAUCUCCUCUUGCUAGCCCUCGUACCAAAAGAAAGACUUCCAUGACAGGAUCCUCCAGCAGAGAACAGAGUCUUGUGAAACCCUAUACCCGCGAACGCAAAAACAGCAUCUCCGAGAUCAGUGACAAUGAGGACGAGUUGCUGGAAUACCACCGCUGGCAGAGAGAGGAGAGGCUGCGAGAGCAGGAAAUGGAGAAACUGGAGCGACAGAGGCUGGAGACCAUCCUCAAUCUGUGUGCAGACUAUAAUCACGAUGACAGUGCUGCGGAGCUGGCUGAGGUGGUGAGGAGUGGGCUGUUGGGGGCGGCUAGAGGAACCUGUUUGAACACAGUGGGGGGGAUGUCCCUUCAGGGAGUAGACAGACCCCAGAGGCUGAGAGAGAACGAUGAGGACACCCAGCGAGAGGAGUCUAGCAGCACAGAGAGCACACACCAAGAGUGUGAAGAGCUGUUAGCCGGUCAGGAGCAGGUCUAUCUGGAGGAGGAGAGGAGCAGGAUCUUGGCCAGGGUUGAUGACUUGAAGCACAGAGUCAGUGAGCUGGAGCUGCAGCUACAAGAGACCAAACAGGAGGUGGAGAUGGAGCAGGCCCUGCUGCAGGCAGAGAGGCGGGCAGAGCAGGAGCAGGCGGAGGCUGAAAAUGAAAUCCUCUCUCAGCUGCAGCUCAAACUCAGCCAGCUGGACACGGCCACCCAGAGAGAGAAAGACAAGGGGAGGGCUAAUGUGUCGGCUGAGCGGAAGGCCCUGGAAAAGCAGAGGAAUGAGUACAAUGAGCUGAAGAGGCAGUUUGAUAAGUGCCCCUUGUCUCUAAGGGAACAGUUACAGGAGCAGCUCAGCAGGGGAGCUGAAGCUCUGGAGUCUGGGACCAAGCAGUUUGAGGAGCUGGAGUUCUGCCAGCUGGAGGAGGAGAGCAGCCUGGAGGAGAAGAAGGAGACUCAAAGCUCACAGCUUCACCAGGAGCGAGCGGAGAAUCAAAGCAGCGUGGCCAAGAGGAAGGAGAAGAUGACCGCUAUGGAGGCACAGGUGAAGCAGUUGGGGUUACAGGCGGCUCAUGACUGUGAGAGGAUGGCUAAAGACAGGACGGUGACUCUGCAGCUGCUACACAAGGAGCAAGACAGGUUGUGUGCCCUGGAGAAGAGGUACCACAGCUUGACAGGAGGGAGACACUUCCCAAAGCCCAACAGCAGCAUGAAAGAGGGAUUUCUACACAUCAGCGAACCUGACCUUGUUUAUGCGGACGGUCCUCCUCAUAGCCCCUGCCCCUCCUCUGCCUCCUUCUCCUCCUCUCACAUGCCCUCCCCUGAACUUUAUCCUGUUAGGCUUCAAGAGGAGUACCUCAGGCUCUCUGAUGUCUAUAGGAUGUAUGGAAAUGCUUCUACGCAGCCUCACUCUUCCUCUCCUGCUGCUCUCCACUGCCUCUCCUUCGCUGUAGGUCCGGCUCUGCCAUGUGAGGAGUACAUCACAGUCAGUCAGUUAAGCCAGAUCUUCGGGAUGCAGAGAGUUGAUUCCUCCUCUUCUUCCUCUAUUCCAUCAUUCCAACUCGCCUCCUCUGAAUCCACCUUCUCGUGCCACUCAGCUGCAUGUGGUCCUUCCUCCUUUCUCUCUGCGCAGAGCCAGCCUGAGCUGAGCGGGAAUGCAAUGCCUCCUAUUAACCUCGAGCGCUGGUACCAGGACAUCAUGGCUGCUGGAGAGCCUCAGUCAUGUCCUCCACCACUGCCUGCAAAGUCUUUUUCCACACGCAGACACAGUCAGCUAUUGAAGUCCAAAUCAGAUGGUGAGGUUGCACAGGUGGCGUCAUGCACCCUGCCGCACUCCAGUGGUGCUGCUCAUGAGAAAAAUGCAUCCACCAAGGGGUUACAGUUUAUGCUGAGAGAGAUGUCACAGACACUAGACAUGGACUCCAGGAGAAGGUUGGCUCUGCAGAGCAAAGACCUGUCUCCGACAGUGCAUCACUCCAUCCUGCACCAUCAGGCGCCGCAUAGUGGCAGCCAGGCGUACGACACCCUGAGCCUGGAGAGCUCAGACAGCAUGGAGACCAGCGUCUCCACUGGCAACUCCGGCUGUACCCCAGAAAGUGCCUCCGGGUUCGAGGCCCAGAGGAUAGAGGAGAUGGAGAAGAUGUUGAAGGAGGCGCAGCAGGAGAAAGCCAGACUGAUGGAGAACCGAGAGAGGGAGGUGCAGGCUCGGCGGCAGAUGUUGGAGGAGGAGCGGAGGAGGCGAGAGGAGGCCGAGAGGAGGCUUCAGGACGAGACAACCCACAGGCUGAGGCUGGUGGAGGAGGAGGUGAAGAUGAGAGAGAAACACUUCUCCCAGGCCCGUCCAAUGACGCGCUAUCUGCCGAACCGCAAGGAGGGGUUUGACUUGCGAGCCCACGUGGAGUCGUCCGGCCACAGCAUCGACACCUGCCCCUUCGUCAUCCUCACAGAGAAGAUGUGCAAGGGCCACCUGGUGAAGAUGGGCGGCAAAAUCAAAUCGUGGAAGAAGCGCUGGUUCGUUUUUGACCGCAUCAAGAGGAACUUCUGUUAUUACGGGGACAAGCACGAGACCAAACUGAAAGGACUCAUUUACUUUCAGGCGAUUGAAGAGGUUUAUUACGAUCACCUACGCAGCGCCAACAAGAGCCCAAACCCGUCUUUGACCUUCUGCGUGAAAACCCACGACCGCCUCUACUACAUGGUGGCCCCGUCCCCGGAGGCCAUGAGGAUCUGGAUGGAUGUCAUAGUAACGGGCGCCGAGGGCUACACACAGUUCAUGAGCUGAGGGACCAGUGGGUGACGGAUCUGGAGGGUGACGAGGACUAAGCGAGCAACACGGACACCUGCAAGCCAACCUGUGCUGCUAUCUGCCGGAGCCCAAGCUGAAAUACAAGACGCGUGGCCCCUUGGGGUGUCAACGGGUGGACGCUUGAAGAGAAUAAUAAUCUGGGGCCUGAUGCCGACGAGCAAAUGAGGGCUUAAUGACCAUUUUACUGAAUUAAUGAGUUGUAUUUAUCUUCCAGCCGCUAUGAGAAGGAAAAGAGUUGUAGCAACGUGCCAUUAGAUCUAUGAAUGGAGCUCUCAAAGUUACCAAAACGUAUUGUUACUAUCAUUUUGGAGGUUUCAGGAGGAACACUUCUUACAUUAUAUAAACUCAAACUGUGUCCACCUUGAAGCCGAUCUACGCAUGCAGUGUUGUCACUCUAAUCGUUGCCUUUUUACCCCCUUUUUGAUACAUUUGUACUGAGUUUAACUUUUCUCAGAGGAAAAAAAUUAUCUCUUGAUAUUUCAAAACACUAAAAAAGUUAACAAAGCAAUAUUUUAGCAAAUAUUCAAAAAUAUUUUAAAAGUCAUAUAUCUUAUUCAAUUAAACUUUACUUGGAGCCAAAUACUUUAUGUAAUGUUUUGUCAGAUUUUUACAACGCAAAUGUUAAUAUCACUAUAGAUUGUGUUAUAUCUUGUUUUAUUCAGGCAUGUAACACAACAUUAAUGUGUCUGUAUUUCCCAUAAAUAGGUCAAAGAAAACCUUCUAUAAGUAUUUUAACAAAUUUCAUAAAUUAUAGUCCUGUAACAAUAUUGUAAAACUACCAUGUACAAGUAAUAAAUAAAGAUAUAUGAUGU